AAUGUAAUGGGAUGUCACCUUUCAUUUAUUGCGGCCGCUAAGUUCAUUGGAUCUAUUCGUCGGGAAUAAUCAACUGAGAAUGACCGAAAAAGGGCCAGUCGCCAUGAUAGAUCCCUCUCAGCUCCUCCGUCCGGAGGCAGCGUUCACUGACAAACCGAUCAACGCCUACCGAGACUACUCGAUCGAUGAGUCGGAUCCCAUCAAGGAACGCGUGCGCAGGACCUAUUAUGAAAUGCACACUAAAAUGACCGUUGAUCUUGUAAAGGAGAAACGUGAAAAGUGGAUGAAGUUCAACCACUUCAAGGCAACGGUCAAGGAGGCCCUCAUCAGAUUGAACGAGCUGGUCGACGAGUCAGACCCUGACCUGGACCUGCCCAACAUCGUGCACGCGUUCCAGACCGCGGAGAGGAUCCGCGAAGAUCACCCUGAUCAGGACUGGUUCCAACUCACUGGUCUCAUCCACGACUUGGGCAAGAUUAUGGCAUUGUACGGAGAGCCGCAAUGGUGUGUCGUGGGAGACACCUUCGCCGUCGGCUGCAAGUGGGCGGAGUCCAUCGUGUAUGGUUUGGACAGCUUCAAGGACAACCCCGAUACUUACAACCCAAAGUACAACACCUUAUACGGAAUGUACAAGCCCAACUGCGGUAUCGACAACGUGCUUAUCUCUUGGAGUCACGAUGAGUAUUUGUACCAAUUCCUGAAGCACAACAAAUCCACUCUGCCUGAAAAGGGUCUGCUGAUGAUCAGGUACCACUCCUUCUACCCAUGGCACAGCGGCGGUGAGUACCAGCACCUCAAUAGCGAAAAGGACAAGGAAACCAUGAAGUGGUGCAAGGAGUUCAACAAAUACGAUCUGUACACCAAGUGUGAGACGAUUCCCGACAUCGAAGCGCUCUGGCCCUACUAUGAGAAGCUCAUCGACAAAUAUAUUCCUGGAGUAUGUGAAUGGUGAAAACUGUCUUGGCAAUAUACGUUAACGCAAAAUUAGAAAAUUAAAAAAAAAUUAUAAA